UCUCACUCUCACUCCACUGCUCCCCUGCUCUGCUCCGCUCCACUCCCCGGCAACUGCAAGCCCUGCUGCUCCACUCGCCGCCUCCUCCCCUGCCCAAAGCGCCGUCGCCUCCCGCACUCUUCCCGUCACCGCGGCUCCCGGAUCCGGACCAGCACACCAGCAGGUCGCAGGCAGCUAGGCGUCAGCGGCACCGGUCACCGACGGCAGAGGCAGGCAGCGUACGUCACCGGCGGACGGACGACCUUGUGCGCGCGCGUCAACGGACGCACUAAUUUCCUGCCUAAUAGCAAGAGAAAGAGCAAGCAUGACAAUCCAGUACUCCUCCUAUGUGGUGACAGUGACACUGCUGCUCCUAGUCGUAGCAGCAGCCAGCAGCCGGCAAAAACUUAGCAUGGCGGCGCCGACGACACUCCCGGGCUGCCCGGACAAGUGCGGCAACGUGAGCAUCCCAUACCCCUUCGGCACCCAGGAUGGCUGCUUCCUCCCAGGCUUCCAAAUCAUCUGCAACCACACCUUCCAUCCACCCCGCGCCUUCUUUCCUGCUGAGUAUUUUCGGUCAGGCCCUGACAUGGUGUACAGCAAGCCGCUGAUCAGGACCGAACACGUCUACUACAACAACACACAGAACGGUGAUGACAUGCCUAGAGGAAUUUCAUCAUUCUCCCCAGUGGAGCUCAUGGGCGUGUCGGUCGCAGAGGGAAAACUUCAGGUACGUGCCCCGUUUUGCUACAAAUGCAAAUUGAACGAGACGCACCACUCGUAUCGGAAUACUGUUCUAAUAUACUUCCCGGACCGGUCGCCGUUUUUCCUGUCGGAGCAAAGCACCGUGUUGAUGGGCAUCGGGAAGUACCCCAUCACGGCAGAGCAGAGAUCCGGGCCGUCUUGCCAGGCAUACGUCCAGUCCUUGGACCAAUUUGUCAACGGGACGUGCUCGGGGCAGGGCUGCUGCCAGGCCACCAUGCUGCCGCAAACCCACUAUGAUACAGUGACCAUGGAGAGCCACGACCAUAACGACUGCACCUACGCCAUGCUUGUGGACAAGUCCUGGUACAGCUUCACAUCGCUGGACCUCGACGGUGAUGUUUUCCUGCGGAGGAACAACGCCAGCGGGGUGCCUGUCGCGGUAGACUUUGUGAUCACCAACCAUUCCUGUCCACGGCAUGGGCAGCAGGUGCCCGAGGGGUACGCGUGCACCGGCGACAACACCAUUUGCGUCCAACUACCCUUGGACGACGACAAUGAAGGGUACUUGUGUAGGUGCUCGCAAGGAUACCAAGGCAACCCAUACAUACAAAAUGGCUGCCAAGACAUUAAUGAAUGUGAGAAGCCGGAUUUGUAUCCAUGCCACGGAACAUGCAAUAACAGGGAAGGAGAAUACGAAUGUGCCUGCCCUGCUGGAACAAAGGGUAAUGCCAAAGAGGAGCAAUGCACGGAAAUGUUUCCUCUGCCAGCAAAGGAGGCCGUAGGUGCAAUAGGUUGUCUUUUUGUCAUGGCACUUGUGGUGUUCUUUCUCCUUCUUCGUAGACAAAAGAGGAAGAUGAAACAACUUUAUAUGAAAAAUGGAGGCCCUGCACUAGAAAAGGCAAACAAUAUAAAGAUUUACAGAAGAGAGGAGCUCAAGCCAAUUUUGAAAAGUACCAAUUUUAUUGGAAAAGGAUGCUUUGGUGAAGUUUACAAGGGUUAUCUUGAUAACCGACUAGUUGCAGUAAAGAAGCCUGUUGAAGGCAUUGUAGCACAUAACGAGCAAUUUGCAAAUGAAGUCAUUAUUCAGUCUCAAGUCAUCCACAAGAACAUUGUUAGGCUCAUAGGUUGUUGCCUAGAAGUUGAUAUCCCAAUGUUAGUCUAUGAGUUCCUCUCCAAAGGUAGCCUUGAUGACAUUCUUCACAGCAACAGCAAGGUGCCUCUUGAUCUGAAUGUACGUUUAAAUAUUGCUGCUGAAUCAGCGGAAGGUCUAGCAUACAUGCAUUCGAAAACCGGCAAAAUAAUUCUGCAUGGUGAUGUGAAACCAGCAAAUAUACUCUUGGAUGAUGAUUAUGCACCAAAAGUAUCUGACUUUGGUAUAUCAAGGAUGAUUGCAAGGGAUAAGGAACACACUACAUCUGUCAUUGGUGAUAGGACUUACAUGGAUCCAGUAUAUCUACAAACUGGACUACUGACAGAAAAGAGUGAUGUCUACAGUUUUGGAGUACUACUCUUGGAACUUGUUAGCAGGAGGAAGGCCACUUUUUCCGACCAUAACAGCUUAGUGAGGAAUUUUGUUGAUGCUCACAAAACAGAGAAGAUACCAAUUGAACUGUUUGACAAGGAAUUUGUAGAACCGGGAGAUUUGGAGCUUCUUGGUUGCCUUGCAAGGGUUGCCGUGGAAUGCCUUAACCUUGAUGUGGAUGAAAGACCAGCAAUGACAGAUGUAGCAGAGCGCCUUCUCAUGUUGAAGAGAUCACGUAAGUAGUUAUAGACAUGACUGUAUGUUUGCUGCGAGACGAUUGACUUCCUUGCAUGCUUGUCCCUCUGUUUUUGGGGAUGUUUUUGCUGGUUCCCCCCAGCCGUACCUUUGUUAAGUUGGUAAUCUCAGCAGCUGUAUCCUUGCUCUCUGUUUGCACUCAGGCCUGUUUUAGGGCUUUAUUAUAAAGUUGCACCAUUGUGGCUUUCGUUCCAAAAA